UUUUCCCGUCUUCGGGAGAUGCCGAGAGUGUCUGAAAUUCCAAAUCUACUGUGUCGUCGUGCCGUACUCCCGUUGUCUAGCAGUUACGAAUAACAAUCUUUGAAUUUAUGUUUCUCCAUGCAUAUUGCUACUGCCUUUUUUCAGUCGCACAGCACCUUUACCAUGUCAAACUGCUUAACUUAAAAAUAUUGAAAAUUCCAGUAAAAAAAUGGGCGUAAAUCCAAUUAAUGGUGCAUUUUGAAUUUUGCCACAAGCAGCACUUUGUCAUCGCACGCGGUCUAGUAUAUCUGCUCUCGCCUGACGCGUUCGCUAACCUGCUGAGGUGAAGUUCCGCCAUUGUGCAGCAGCUGCAUGAAUUCUGUGCUGCUGAAAACGAAAAAUUAGCGUAAUGAUGAACUGCUACAUGUACACGGAUCAAGUGGUGAAUCUGAACGCUGACAAUGGUUUCCACACUAUGAACUGCGCGGACAAAUACGACGUGGCUCCGCUGGUGCAGAUCUGUUUGGAGAAAAUUGUCAGCCAGCUGGAUGUUGAUAGUUGUUUAUUCGUUAUGGAACAGGCAGUCGAGUGGCAUGCUGAUAACAUUCUGGAAAAGUGCUGCCAUUUGCUGGAUGCGAAGACGGACGACAUUCUGCGAUCGGAGCACUUCCCUGGGAUCCGUAAGGACACACUGCGCACACUACUGCAGCGCAGCACACUGUCAGCUGGGGAGCAGGAUAUUUAUCUGGCUGUCGAGAGAUGGGCCACGGAAGGCUGCAAACGGAAUAACAAGGAACCGUCCGCUGCCAACCGGCGUCAGAUGCUGGGCGACACCCUCUUCCUGGUGCGAUUUCCCCUGCUGACGGCCGCGCAGCUGGCGGAUGGACCCGCGACGAACGGUCUGCUGACGGAUUCCGAGCUGCGGAGCAUCUUCAUGUACCAGAAUGCCGCAGUGAAGCCGGCGGUGCCCUUCCCCACGGAGGAGCGGUGCAGUUUGUCCAUGUCCAUGGGAUUUGAUCGCAAUGCAGCGGUGUUUGCGCGGGGCUCGCAUGGCAUCUGGGAGUUAGCCAAAGUUAUUGAGAGACGGCAGUCUGGGGUGGCCAUUCGGUGGGACCGGGAUGGUCGCGAUGACUGUGUGAAGCCUGACCGUGUCGUUCUGGCUUCCGACAUCCAAAUUACCCACCAAGCAAUAACGAAUGCUGGGGGUUUGUUGAUUUAUUACCCUGGCCUUGCACUGCGGGUUUGAUUAUUUCCCUUGAUUUUUCUCUGCCGUUGAUAGUCCGUUUAUAAAGGUGAAAAUGGCCAAAGACUGGAAAGAAGCCCUUUUUUUAGUAUCGCAAGUCGUACAAUAGAUUUUGUAUUAGGAGAUAUUUGUACGGGAUGGUUGUUUUCUUCAGUUGAUGGUCGUUUGAGUGCCAUUUGCAUGGAUCUCGGCUUGUGCUCUAGCGGUUUUGAUCUGAUUAUACAGCGUCUUUGUAAAGCGUCCGUCGUCUUUUUGAUUACUUUUAUCAGUUCGCCUUCCGUUUAUCAGUUCUGGCAACCAGUAGUCCAGGAUGUGUACAAACCUAGCGCACCAUCGCUUCUCGCCGCUCAACAAGUCAGCCAUAUUGUUUUUUAUAUGGAAAAAAUAUCAAGCGUGAA